UUUUUGAAAUUUGUUACUGUCAAAUUGCAGUUUCAAAUAUUGUUAUGUGAAAAAUUAAAAUUUAUUUUGAAAGGAUAAAACCUGAAGUUACAUGCAUGUAGAGGAAAACUGAUUCCUCUUGAACUUUGCAACAUUCUUAAUUCACAUUAUGGCAGAUUCCAUGUCGUCCCCACAAAAUACUGGUAUGCAGCAGCAGACCACUUCAGUUACGAUUGUUGAAACUGAAUCAGAUCAGAGUCAAGAAGUAGCAACUUUGAGAUUGCGAUUGAGGAAGCCCGCAACUGAUAAAAAAGUUCAAUGGUCUACCGAGACUGUAGAUAAUGAGAACAUGAACAAAAAAAAAUCCAAAUGUUGUUGCAUAUAUACAAAACCUCGUAGUAUAGAUGAAGAUAGUACUAGCAGUUCCUCGUCAGAUUCAGAUGAUGAAUGUGAGCAUUGUAAAGGUCAUAUAAAAAAGAAGAAAGAUCAUCAUCACCACAGUCAUGACCCAGAAAAUACGAACAUACAAAGCAAUGAGGGAACAACAAUUUCAGAGACUGAUUCAACUUAUCCAAAGGAUAUUGAAAGAAAUUAAGUAAUCUUGAUUUCGAUUGCUGCCAUUUUUAUUGUACAUUUUUUAAAAUAUUGAAGUCAAAUUCUGAUAAUCAAACUUUAAGAUGCUAAAAAUGAUUGAUUAGAGUAUUACCUAAUAUUAUACUGAAUUUGAAUUUUAUAUGUUGACUGCAAUAGUGCGUCGAACUUUCACAAUUUCAAGCUCGCAUAAUAAGUUCAUUUAUAAAAUGAUGGCCAAUGAAAUGUUGAUUUAUGCUUAAAAUUUCUUCACGAAUAGAAGAGAAAUAAUUUUAAAACAUUAUUGAAUUUAUGUUACCUAUAGGGAAUAUUUUGAAAAUUUAUAUUAACCUAUAUUUUUUCCAGACUUUCAUUUUUGCUCAAUUUUGAUUAUUUAUUACGAAUUACUCAUUGAAGAUAUCUCCACCCCUAAAUUUAAAUUGAUCGUUCAUGCUUUUUGUUAAUGUUUCAGCAUGUAGUUCCAAGUGUUAGAUUAUAAGAAAACAAUGUAAGCAACAUAUUGCGAAUUUGUUGUAAAUUAGCGUGAUUAUAAGUUAUUGUCACAGAUGGUUCUAAAAUAAAUAAUAUAAAGUUAA